GGCAGCAGAGAAAGUCUCGCCCGAACAGGAAUUUCAUGUUGUUUACGAUGGCCGUGAGUUCCUGAUGAACGGAUGGUAACCUGAGCUAUUUUGGAAGAAAAGGGGCAGUCGUUCUGCCUUAGCUUGGAAGAGAGUGUGGGUAACUUCAGGAGGCCAUGGCUACUCCAGCGAAGACAGAGAAGCCCAAGGAUGAUAAGGAAAAAGAUGAAAAGCCCAAAGCCCCACCAAAGCCAAAGGCGCCCUCAAAACCCCAGUUAGAGAAGUGGGUUUCGUCCAUAAAUGCCUUAUUGUGUGACCCUGAGGGCUUAAAGGCAUUCAGGGCAUUUCUAAAGGAAUCAGAGGUGGAAGACGGUGAGCUCACAAGAUACCUUGACUUCUACGAGGAGGUUGAAAGUUACAAAGCAGAAUUUAAAAGACUAGAAGAAUCAGCAAAAGACAUUUUUGAAACAUAUCUCGAGGAUGCUGCUCACCAGGGAAUUAUUUUGCAGGUUGGGGCUGACAAGGAAGUGGGAACAGGGGGAAAGAGCGUGGAUAUUGGGGACAAGCUUGAGGAUGAAGGAUUGGAAGGCGUGCAGCUAUUUGAUGAACCACAGAAGAAGGUCAAACAGAAGCUUGCCGAUGGGCAAUACAUCAACUUCUGCUCACACCUUAAGGAGAAAUACAAGUUAUAGCAUAAGGCACUUCACUCUGCAGGAAAGGUGGCUACCAUUGUUUGCAAAGAUGUUUUUGAUUUGUAAUUGAGAAAAUAGUUUAUUGUCCUGUGUAUGGUUUUGGUAGUCCAUUACAAAAGAGUGAAUGAAGGCCGGGGCAUAAAAAAUACUGUUCAGUUUUAUUUCAGAAAGC